GGCGGGGAAUGGCGGAGGCCGCGUUCGAGCGGCGCGUGCUGCGGCGCGCGGCCGAGCAUCACUACCUGCGCGUGCGCUUGGAGCUGCCCGACGGCGGGGCCCGGCCGAACGCCGCGCAGUUCAAGCAGCUCGUGGUGACAGCGCUGAGGGAGCUGCACGGAGAGGUUGGAGCAGCUUUGCCUGUUGAUGUCUUAACAUAUGAGGAAAAAACUCUGUCUGCCAUAUUAAGAGUUAUUAGCAGUGGCCUUGUCAAGCUGUGGAGUGCUCUAACCUUGCUUGGCUUCUACCAGAACAGGAGGUGUGCUUUCCGGGUGCUGCAGACAUCUCCGUUUCUACUUGCGUUAUCUGGCAACAGUAGAGAAUUAGUCUUGGACUGAAUGCGGUUGUUGGUUCGGCUGCAUGAAGAAGG